AUGGAGCGAUAUCAUAUUGGUGAUAGAUUACAGAUUGGUGAUGAUAUUUGCACUGUGAGAUAUAUUGGUUAUAUAGAUGUGUGGAAAGACGAGCUGGCAUUUGGUGUCGAGUGGGAUGAUACCAAUAGAGGGAAACAUUCAGGUACUUUAAAUGGACACAGAUACUUUAGUACCACUAAAGAGAACUCUGGAUCUUUUCUCAAGUGGUCUAAAGUGGAAAGAGUAAAGCAAAGAGGAUUCCUCGAAGCUGUAUAUGAUAUAUAUGGAACUUCGACUGUAAUCGACCAGUCUCUUCGGAUUAGCUCAAAGAAUAUUGAAUACUUAGGAUUUGAGGAGCUGAACAGUAGAAAUCAGGAGAUUAGUUCGUUAGAAUCGAUUUCAUUGGAAAAAAAAUCCAUAUCCUGUCUGUCCACCCCAGAAGAGGGUAUUCGUACAAUAACUAAUCCUUUCAAGAAUUUGAAGAACUUGAAUAUAUCUAAUAACCUUAUUUCAAAUUUUGGAGAUAUUUUAGAGCUAUUGGAGUAUAUGCCAAGCCUGUCCACAUUAAAAAUAGGCGGUAAUAAAUUUAAACCUCAUGUCCCUAAUCCGGGUGAGAUCAAGAUAUAUAAUAGCGUAAAACACCUUUCAUUAUCUGGUUGUGAUAUAACCAUCAAAUGUAUUGGAUAUAUUGUGGCACAUUUCCCACUUUUAGAGUCACUCGAUUUAGGGGGUAACAACUUAUCAGAAUUGAGAAACGUUGCUUUUCAGCUGCCAAAAUAUGUAAACCAUUUAUCACUUUUUAAUGUUGGGUUAGAUGAACUGCCAUUAGGGUUGACUGAUUGGAAAUUAGAAUAUUUAAAUUUGUCACAUAAUAAGAUAAGAUCAGUGAUAUUGCUAUCAGCUAAGCACGCUAGUCGAGAGUCCUCAUUGGCUCAGCUUGAUUUGUCCCACAACGCAAUCAAUAAUUGGGAAUCAAUCGAUCAGUUAAAUGAGACUUUCCUUCAACUCAAAUCCCUCCGCAUCAAUGAUAAUCCUAUUUUAUCAGCAGAUAUUUCUGAAACUAAUCUGUUAGAUAGCAACAAAAAGAUGUUUUUAAAUGUUCUCGCAAGGUUUAACAAUUUAGACGUCCUGGAUGGUUCCCAUUUGACCAAAGUGAUAAAAGAAGAAGCAGAAUUGUAUUUGUUAUCUGCUAUUCUUUCAAAUUCUGUAAAAUUAACCAAAGAUACAACCAGGUGGUUAUAUUUUAAAGAUAAAUAUGGGAUACCUGAGAAGAUAGACAAAAGUUUACUACAUGUGUCUACAGAAAUUGGUUUGUUAAAUGAUUUGGAAAUUUUCAAAUUGUAUAUUCAUUACAAUAAUGAGGAUGACCAUUUUGAAAUCAAUAUUCUUCCUAAUAGUACAAUCCGUUAUAUGAAGAGUAUCAUUAGCAAACAUGUUGGUGUACCUAUUCUUCAAAUGAAAGUAUUAUAUGAGCCUACAAGUGAAACUGAAAGUAUGGUAGAAAUAUCCCGUAACUUUUCGCUCGUUAGUGACUUAGGUUUAACAAACGGCUCUGACAUAUACGUUAUGCUCAAAUAA